AGGGAAGACAGGGCGCCCUCGGAAGGACAGGAUGUCAUCAGGAAAACAGGACUCCCCGUGGGAAGAUAGGAUACCUCCAGGAAGAUAGAAUAGUCCCAGGCAUCACUAGAACAGCAGGAAACACUAGGGUCCAAGCUCUCAUUGAGGCACCCGGGGAGGUUGUUGGGUUGUGGGCGGGGCUCAGGAAAGACUGUCCCUGCUGGUCCUGAUCCACGACCACCCACCCGGCAAGGUUCUCUCUAAGAGAACCUUGUCAGAGACAGAACGGGUCCCUACAGGCGCGUUCUUCUCUCCUACAGCCCAUGGCGCGGUUCCUGAGGCUUUGCACCUGGCUGCUGGCGCUUGGGUCCUGCCUCCUGGCUACAGUGCAGGCGGAAUGCAGCCAGGACUGCGCUAAAUGCAGCUACCGCCUGGUUCGCCCAGGCGACAUCAAUUUCCUGGCGUGCACACUGGAAUGUGAAGGACAGCUGCCUUCUUUCAAAAUCUGGGAGACCUGCAAGGAUCUCCUGCAGGUGUCCAGGCCCGAGUUCCCUUGGGAUAACAUCGACAUGUACAAAGACAGCAGCAAACAGGAUGAGAGCCACUUGCUAGCCAAGAAGUACGGAGGCUUCAUGAAACGGUACGGAGGCUUCAUGAAGAAGAUGGACGAGCUAUAUCCCAUGGAGCCAGAAGAAGAAGCGAACGGAGGAGAGAUCCUUGCCAAGAGGUAUGGCGGCUUCAUGAAGAAGGAUGCAGAUGAGGGAGACACCUUGGCCAACUCCUCCGAUCUGCUGAAAGAGCUACUGGGAACGGGAGACAACCGUGCGAAAGACAGCCACCAACAAGAGAGCACCAACAAUGACGAAGACAUGAGCAAGAGGUAUGGGGGCUUCAUGAGAAGCCUCAAAAGAAGCCCCCAACUGGAAGAUGAAGCAAAAGAGCUGCAGAAGCGCUACGGGGGCUUCAUGAGAAGGGUGGGACGCCCCGAGUGGUGGAUGGACUACCAGAAGAGGUAUGGGGGCUUCCUGAAGCGCUUUGCUGAGUCUCUGCCCUCCGAUGAAGAAGGCGAAAAUUACUCGAAAGAAGUUCCUGAGAUAGAGAAAAGAUACGGGGGCUUUAUGCGGUUCUGAAGCCCUUUUCCAGCAGUGACCCCGACCCCCACUAGCCUGCUCCAUCCCCCAUGAGCAACUGCCUUGUCAAUGAUGUUUCUUGUCACAUGCUGCUUUGUGCUGUACAGUUGCCCCCGUGGUCUAGAUAACUACACUGCCUGAAAGCUGUGAUUUUAGGGUCUGUGUUCUUUUGAGUCUUGAAGCUCAGUAUUGGUCUCUUAUGGCUAUGUUGUUAUCAAUAGUUUGUUACCUCAUCUCUCCUGACGAAACAUCAAUAAAUGCUUAUUUGUAUAUAAAUAUAAUAAACCCGUGACCCCAACUGCA